AUGAUUGGUGGACAAGCUUCACUAUGUCCUGCCUUGGUUGGCAAUCCUGCCCUACGGCGCCUGAACGCCAAGCUCUUCAUGAAUUGGUUCAAGAACGGCGAUGGUUUGAUGAUCGUUGGCAGUGAAGAAGAUGAAGAGGCAACGCCUACCCUCAAGAUGUUCCGCCUCUUGCUGACCGACUCAGGGCACUACAUCCUGCCGACGGACCAUGAUGUAACAGGAAGAGUUGCAGCUGAGACGAAGCAAGAGGCCAUCCUUUUCUGCCGACAGGUUCUACAACAGAGCAUGGAGCAAUGGAACGACGUCAAGGUCAAUCAUUGCUUUGCGGCUUUGCGCUCAACAGAGUCACCAAGCACAGGCAGAACUAUGGAAGGUGACCGAGGCAAUUCCAAUCAGCCCAAUGCAGACAAGAAGGAGAAGAAGGUGCACUUCGCUGAGGACAAGAUCAGUGACGAACGUCAGAAAGAUGAUUCACCAGCAACUUUGCACUAUGAGAAGGAAGAGAAGCCGACAGUAUCACCACAAGUAUCACCAGAAUUCACUCAAGGCAUUUUGCCUGACUCAUCACCUGACUGCAAUGCAGACAGCAAGAAGGAGAACCACUACGGCUCAUACUGGAAGGGCGAGGAGAAUUUUCCCCGUUACUCUGAGGACAUUCUUCCAGAUGAUGCUGAUCAGGCCAAACUCAAGAAAAGAUAUCGUGCGAUCCCGGAGGAGUAUGGCUUGAAUUUGAACGAUGAUGGUCAUCUUCAUAUGCUAUACGCCAAGCCCGAGAAGAGUUUUGCCCAGCUGUCAUGCACAUGGCGCCAGACUGCAGCCCUUGGAGCAUCAGCAGCAAUGGCAAACAUCCGGCACUACGCCAUGAAGAUCGUCUACGUGACUACGCAGCCAUAUCUACUGUUCAAGAAGCUGCAGAAGGACAAUCCAGAGAUGGCCACGUGUACAAUGUUGAACAGCCACUUGGUUCAGCUAUGUGGUGAGAUGACAAUGAGAGCCCACUUCGCCUACAUCAUGUUCCGGGUCAUCGAGCUCUUCAACGAGUCGAUCAGUGCAUGCAUAGUUUGA